AUGUCUUCAUCUGACGCGUAUCCUGUCUUUCCCCCUCCAACACCUGAAGAACUACUCGCUCAACCUAAUUUCUAUCGCGAACGCCUCUUUCGAACCCCCAAAGGCAGGGAAGAAGAUACGCCCCUAUUCUCGCUCUGCCGACUCUACGAGCACCUGACUUUGAACGAUAAUGUUGGUCUGCGAAAUGAACUAGAAUAUUUCUGGUACGCGAAAUGGCCAGUUGCCUCCAUCCCUAACCCCAAGGAUUCGUCCAAAUCUCGCUACGCGGUGCUGUCUGCCAUUCCGGCACUGCUAGUCGAGUCAUUCAACGAGCGCAUUAACCUGGGUUUGCCACGCAAGGCAGACAGCAUCAUCACCCGCGAAGAAUUAGAGCAGUACCAAAGAGAGGAGAAGAUCUUGGAGUCUGCCCCAGCAUGGACGAGCCAGGUACCGCGGCUAGAAGAGACCCUGGUGAUUCCACAUGAUAAUGAUGAGGUUCUCGAGUCACUCGAAGAUGAACGAGCUAGUGCUCAGCUGGCAGCAAAGAACAUUCUGCAUUGGCAACCACAUAUUCAUUUUAAUUGA